UUAACUCCUGAGCUCAAGGGAUCCACCCGCCUUGACCUCCCAAAGUGCUGGGAUUACAGGCAUGAGCCACCGAACCUGACCUCUAGUUUUUCAAGAUGCCACCUUUAGGGGAACUGGGUAAAGGGUACAUAGGGUAUGCAUUAUGUGUUACUGCAUGUGAAUUUAUAAUUACCUCAAAUCAAAGGUUAAAUUUUAAAAUGACAUCCGAUUUCAAUAAAAAUCUAUAUUUGUGUAUUGAAGACCCAGAAAUCCGGGCCCCCAAGGGCCCAUGUUUCUUAAGGUGGAGCCAGGCACCGCUGCCCCUUCAUCCAGGGCCUGUGCUGUGCGACCCCGACUCGCCAGCCCCCAGCCCCAUCUAAUAGGGCUGCCGUCCUGAGUCCGUCCUCGUCGUGGGAUACUAUGUGAGCCACGGAAGGUCCUUCCUGUCGGCCUCGCUGCUCCAGCCUCCCCGACGUACUCACAUCCACGCCGCGUGCCCUUUCUGAACCUGAACGCCUCCUCCUCACCACGACAUGAUCAGAGCCACCUCCCGCGUCAGUCCCAGCGCCCACGCCCCCAACAACGGGCAUUCGUCUGACCGGUCACGGGUAUUUGUCUCCCCACCAACCCCCAAGGCCUAGAGUGGACAAAUACGGGGUGGAUAAAUGGGAAGAGGCUGCGGCCGGGUGGCGCGAGGCCUGUGCGGGCAGCUCCGCAGUCUCGGAGGCGAGGCCUAGCCUGGUGAGCUCCGGAACUACGAGGCGCGGGUGGGGGUUGAUGAACGAAUAAAUGAAUGUGGGAAGAAAUGAUGGCGCGGCAGGACAUGAAGGCCGAGCCACAAGGCUGGAGGAGUGAUGAGUGAAUGAGUCAAAGAAUAAACGAGCAGGAGGAACAAUGCUACAGAACUGAAUGCUAUAAGGCUCGCGUUCACCGAGCAAGCGGCAGACAGGAGCCGUUUCCGCCCCGACCACGGUCGCCUCUGGCCCGUGCAGAGCCACUUCCGGGCCGCUCUGGAGGGCGCGGAGGCCUCUGUGGUCCCAGAGGGCGCUGCUCUGGGCCGAGCCCCGCCCUGCCCCGCGCGGCGGGAGUGGUUGGAGCAAGAGGACAGAUCUGUGCUUGGCCGGAGGGUGUCCGUUGGCGUCACUCACCGUCCUCAGCCCGCCCCUGCGUCCACUACGCGCUGCCUGAGAGGGGCCUGCACGGAGGCACGGGGAAUGCACCUAGAGCUGCAUUCGAUGUAUUCCUUGGCUUUUGGUCCUUUCCUCCAUCAUUAAAUAACUGGAUCUGUAAGCAUGAUGGACUUUGUUUUCCUGAGCUUGUCCUGUGUCUCUUCUUCUGGCCACACCUGACUGAGCAGCACAUAAAAGCCACAGAACACCAGGAGAGCUGCUGCUUGGGGAAAUUCUGCGGGAAGUGUCCUGGGGGACUAGGGGCAGGGCGAGCACUGCUCUCCCUCUCCUGAAGGCUGGGGAGAGCAUCAAGGAGAUUACCAGGUAGGAGGACCAUGGGCAGGGCCUGCCUCAUCAGGAUGCUUUUCCCAGAACAGAGGGUAAAAAUUUAAGCCCCUGGUGGGUGAGUCCUGGAUUAACCAAGACCUGGGCCUUUUAGAGGCUGCGGAAGACAGAGGACACUGUGAGGUGAGUUUCUCUUGGGUGGAUCCCCAGGGGCCUCUGAGGCUGGUUUCAGGCCCUACCCUUUGGCUGCCCCACUGGAAGCUCUGAGCAUCCACCCUUCAGAGGCGCUUUCCCUGGUCUGACCUUGGCAAGGGCAAAUAAGAAGGUACUCCGUGGGGGGUCACCAAUGUCUGAGGCGUAAACAGUGCCCGUCUGCACAGUAGCAUGAGGGCCACAGAGUGUGGUAAAUGUCAAGUGACCAGCCCAGGCGGUCCCCAGUGUGGCUGCAGGGGCCACUUAGGAUUCUUCUGUUUGGGGGUCCCAGGCCACACUUGGGGAACCCUAUUGGAAGCAACAAGGCCUAGGCCCUGAGGGCCCAGGGCUCUGCCCUCUCCAGUGCUCUAGCUGAGCCAGGAGCAAGCAUCCUCCCGGCCCUCCCAGCUGGUGUGAGGAGGAAACCGCAGGCCAAAGGGCAAGGUGCUCUGUACAGAUCUGUCCCUAGUCGGCCUGCUCCAGUCGGCCUCUGGAGUGGGAGCCUUGGGUCUGUCUGGAACCAGCGUGGAUGAAAUGCAGGGAGAAACUGGAAUCAUAGCCAUGGACAGCCACUUACAUAGCUGGGAAAAAGCAUGCUGUGCUAGAUCCCGGUGGACUCUCACCUCUGCGGUGCUGGGGACUUUGUGCUGACACCUCAGGCACCCACUUCCACUCACACCGCGGAGGCUUGGGGAGAUUCAGUUCAGUCUGGAGUCCGGCAGGGGACGACAAUAGGGCGACCCCGACCGUCAGUCAGACCAGGGCAAGCUUGCCAGGGCAUCGCACUUCACCAAAGGGAACCCUUUCUGCCGCGACUACGGAGCCGCCAGGGCCGGGACAGGCAGAAGCCUGCUCUGAGGUCUCACCUCUGGAGGGUUAUGAGCUGUGCCAGGCCGGCUACGGUAGAGCGUGUGCAAACACCCCGAGGUCCCAAGGCUCCUGAAGCCGCCUAAGGGGCAUGAGAGGCCCUAGGUUCGAAUCCUGCCUUCAUCGUCUUAUGGUUGUGCCUCUGGAGAGUCACUUUUCCCCGUUUCCUCGCAUACCAGAGAGCCAAGUAACAGGCACCGCGGCUCUGUGUGGACAGAGAUCGUGGACACAGCGUCUGGGCCGGAUCUGCGGCCA